CCCACAAUGUGCUUGCCACAAGCAACAAUAUUUCAUCUCAUGUGUCCUGUCCACCGAGAUUAAUAUAAUUUGUAAUUUUGUAAUUGUCUUCUGAUUGUUGAUAAGAGAAAGUAAUUUUACGCAGUCAAUUUGUCUCCAAAAAUGACGGAAGAGGGAUUUCCUCGUGGUGGAAAAAAGAACAAGGCUGAAAAUAAGCGGAGCAACCCCGACACGGGAGAUGUUGGGGGAAAUAAAUCUAAAAAGAAGGACAAAUUCUCCUCGGAAAUCAAGAAGAACAACUUUCUCAGAUUGGAUAAGAAAUUGGAGCUACCCUCGAUAAGCUACGAUACUCUUGUUGAAGGAACGCUGUGUUUGGGCUGCGUCAGGAAGGUCCAAGAAAGUAACUUACUCAUAGGACUACCAGGAAUGACCGUAGGGACAGUUGACAUUCGAGAAAUUUCCAACCCAUACACCGAAGUCCUAGAAAAGCUGGAAAAGGAUCAAAAGAUUGAGGACGAUGAAAUAAUUUAUCCACUGGACACAAUGUUUAAGAUAGGAGAUGUGGUUGUGGUCAAAGUCAUGACCGUCAUUAUCAACGAUAAAGGAAAACAUCGUGUGACUUUAUCACUCAACCCUCAAGACAUCCACAAUGAUUGGAUGGCUACAGAUUUAAAUGAAAAUAUUGUUAUGACUGGCGCUGUAAAAAGUAAGGAAGACAAAGGGUACAUUAUUGAUAUGGGAAUUAAAGGUGUCAGUGCAUUUUUACCAAUGACAAGUGCGACAAUCACUGAGAAGAAACUUCAGAGACCACUGGGUAUUGGACAACUGAUUUCGGUUAAUAUUGUAAAUUGCCAGAUUAAAAGAUUAAUGGCCAAAUUGACAUUGAAUUCUGUGCCAUCCAAAGUCAAACAAGUCUGUCCCCCAGAAGGUGUUGCAGUAAAACUACUUCCUGGGAUGAAAGUUUCUUGUAUUGUUGUUGAGAAACGUGCAAGUGGUCUCAUGGUUUCAUUUUUGGAUUCUAUAAUUGGUCGAGUACACAACGACCACUUGGCUGAAAGGCACAGAGCUGAUGUCAGUGAUACUGUGUUUGGACGAAUUCUGUUUAUUCCUCCCUGGGACGUCGGUCCGUACCUGACGCUGGACGAAAUAAAGUGUUUUCCUUAUUCAGCUGAACCAAAUUCAAAUUAUUCUCAAAAGUUAGAACAAAGUGACUCUCGAAGGAGAAAGGGUUUUGUAACUAGUUUAGAGCCGAGAGGAGCCAAACUCCAACUUCAUGGCGGUGGCGUUGCACUUCUUAAACGACAACGAGCUUCUGACAAAUUGGACUACACCGACGAACAGUUUAAAAAAGACUUUAAGCUUCGAAGUGAACACGACGUUCGGGUACUCGAGUAUUCUUCAUUAGAUGGAAUGUUCAUAGUUUCAUGUCAAGAGCAUCUACUGGACCCUACAAAUGUGAUUGACAAAGAUGAACUUCAGCUCGGUACUGUUCACAAAGUUUUAGUGGUAUCGUAUAAUACAGGCGGAGCUGUUGUGAAAAUUGGGGAUGUUAAGGGCUUCAUCCCCUACAUGCACUUCAAGGAUAAAGUUCUUUCUCCUGCAUUUGUCCAGAAAAAGUACCCACCGGGCGAUUCAUUAUUGGCAAAAGUAUUCCAAAUUGACCUUUCAAGGAAUUCAGCUGUGUUUACUGCGAAAAAAACACUAAGGUUAAGCAAAGGAUUGGUAGCUUCGUCCUUCACAAACUUGGAACUUGGUUCGAAAGGUCAUGGUGUCGUCAGGUUCAUUGCUCCAAAGGGUGCAGGCCUUCGUGUCCAAAUGAUUGGCGGAUUGUUAGGUUUUGUACCGAAAGGAAAAAUUCCAACAAAGGAAACUGAAUUGGCCAUACCAUUAGAAAAUCGAUUCCCAAUUGGAUUCCCAGUAGAAUUUAAAGUUGUCGAAGUAGAUGAGCAAAAAGGAAGAGCUAUUCUUACGCUGGACAUGAAUUACGAAAUACCAGAAAAGAAACACCAGAGUAUCACUGAUAAAACUCAACGGAAACGCAAGGCAACGGAGGAAAGUGACGAGGCGUUAGUGCUUAUUUCACACAAAGACAAGACAAAAUCAGCAAAUGUACGUAAAAAAGUUGCUGACGAUGAGAAAGGCGAUGAUGAAGAAAUUCCCAUCCUAAUUCCUAUUUCUACCAAAAUCUCUGAAAAACGAAAGCGUAGUACUGAUGAAGGGAAACUAGUUUCAAAGAAAAAAAAGUUGUCCGAAACUAAGAACCCUGACAUUCCACCUGUCAUUCCUACUGAAAAUGAAGAAGACUGCUCAGCAGGUCCAUCGAAAAAACCGAAAAAUAAUACUAACGGCGAAAUGAGAGGCAAGUUAAAGGAGAUGGCCAACAAAGAAGUCCAAUCAUCGAAAGUAAAAAAAGAAAUUGUAGAUAGUGGAAUUGAUGGCGAGAGCCGCCCCGCCCUCAAGUUAUCAAACAAAACUUUUUGGGACGUUUUACCAUCAUCGUCUACAUCCACAAAUAAUGACGAUCAAGAAAAUCAGGAGGACGACGAUUCCGCGUCUACUGAUUCAAAUGGAGAUGUCGGAACUCAAAACAAGGUUGACAGUGCUGUGGAGGAAGCAAAACCGAAAAAUAAGGGUAAAUGUGACAAGGCUGACAAAAAGAGUCCAAAGGUCGAUGCGGAAACAGAUAGCAUGACAGAAAAAGAUCACGAACUUCGACUUAUUCAAAACUCAGGGGAUCCAAAACAUUGGAGAGAUUUUAAGGAUUUUGCAUUAAGAAACGGCGAUCCAGCCAAAGCGGUUAGUGUAAUUAAAAGGAUGAAGGAUAAAAUUCCCUUUAGGGACGAAAAUGGGAAACUGCUCUGCUGGAUGACAAUUCUUCAAAUUGAGACGCAAUAUGGAACUGAGGAAUCAAUUAAAGGCACCUUGGAGGAGGCAAUGAAGGUCAACGAUCCAGUCUCUGUUUUGGACAAAGUUGCCCAGUUCUACGAAUCUAUCGAUAAGAAAGACGAGGCAGAAGAACUACUCCGUUGCCGUCUCAAGAUGAAGCUGCAUGAAUCCGACUCUUGGAUAAAUCUGGGCUAUUUUCUGUACAAAAACAAGAAACACGAGGCAGCACGACUCCUUCUACCUUCUGCAUUACAACAAUUGCAGCAGAGCAAUCAAAUUUACGUGACUGCAAAAUUCGCAAAAUUUGAAGUAGAGCACGGAGACAUGGACAAGGGAAGAUCCAUGUUUCUCACAAUCUGUCUUCAACGCCCAAAAAGAAUUGAUUUAUGGCUUUUGUAUGCAAAUUCGCUGUAUAAAAUGAAACAGUUCCAAUUAGCCGGGGAUGCACUUCGCACAUCUCUCAGUUCCAAACAAUUGAGUCCCAAGGAAUCACGACCUCUGAUUAAACGUCUGGUAGAAAUCGAAAAGUUACACGGAACUCCAGAGUCGUUAUUAAAACUUAAAGCAGAUGCAGCAGACUAUCUGAAUAUUACAAGUGCGUCGUUGGCUUAGGAUUAGUCAACAUGACAUUUUUUUAGAUUUAUCUUUACAGCAUUUUUAAUUUGUUAAUUGUGACGAUAUUGAUGUUUGUAGUAUAGUAACCUUAUUGAAAUAAAUAGUUGACAUUGACAUACAAAUGA